AUGAAUCCAUUGAACAAAAUCAUCUUCUUGUCGGCAUUCUUGGCUUCGGGGUUCCUCUUGAUCUUGUUGUCAUGCGCAUUGUAUAAUAGUUAUAAGCCAUUGUGGGUCAUCCUCAUUUUCCUCCUUGCCCCCUUGCCCAAUAUCCUAGCACAAGCCAUCGAAAACUCCAGAGACGACUUCUUGACGUUCAACAACAACGAGGGCGACAGGCCCUCGCCCUUCCUGGAGUUCUGCAAGUCGUUCACCGGGUUCUUGAUCGUCAGCGGAAUUGCAUUGCCUUUAACGUUCUACCACACUGGCUUGAUCGAAUUGGGGUCCAUGGUCAUGAGUAUCAUUGGAGGGUUGAUAGUGUACGGAGACAUCAUCGUGUUCAUCUGGUUCUUCAGCGAGAACGAGGAGGAAAACGACGACUUCAACUUCUAG